UUUCAAUCUAACCUCAAUUACUAUUUCGCCCUCAUCACUUGUCACAUGGAGGCGAGUUUUGAUCAUCGAUCAGAGUCGCGAGUGGGGGUAAUAAUAGAAAAAUAAAGCCGUUUCAAAGAGCGGGAGAAAUGAAAAACCAGCCGUUUUGAAUUUAAACUGCCUCGCACAAAAACUUACAAUUGAAGCCUUCUUGUUUCCCAUCACUGAUAAAAAAAAGAAAAAGGAAAGGGACUGUUGGCAAGUAGAGAGUAUUUGAUGAGUGGUUUCUGAAGGAAGAAAAAUGGAAGAAGUAGAAAGGGAUUUUCAUGGCAUGAAGAGGAAACAACUGCAAGCGCUUUGUAAAAAGCAUGGAAUUCCUGCUAAUAAAUCCAAUGCCGAAAUGGCUGAUUUGUUGACUUUGACUCUCAAGAGAAUUGAAAAUCCAAAAGGGCAAGGUCAAGGAGAAGUACAAAACGUAAGUGAUUCUAUGAAAGUGACUAAAAUAUUGAAGAAUGUUAAAUUCAAGCCUGAUGUUGAAAUACGUGAAUACGAGCCUUCGGUGUAUAAAGGAAGGAAGAGGAGGAGGAGCAUGGUUAAUUAUGGGAAAGUUAUUGGUUCUCCGCCUGGAAGUAGGAAUAGAGAGCAGAGAACAGUUGGAAGAAAUGUAGAUGAGGUUGUUGGGAAGAAGAGAGGGAGAGGACGAGAAAAGAAAGGGAGCGUUGGGGUGGAAAAUGUUGAUGUUAGUGAUAACUCACGACCUCCUGUAAUCACUAAAGAGGGAGAUGUUCAACUUGUGAAGGGUGAAGACAAAUCGGGUAGGAGGCGACUGAGAAGUAGAGAGGUGGUGAUCGAGGAGAACGUUGAAGGGGGUGAAGGGGAGUUGGUUGUUUCUAGGAAGAAUUCAAAACGGGGAGGGUCUAGAAAAAGGGGGAAUCGUGAUGGGAUUCGUUUCUCGGAUGAAGUUUCUGAAGAGAAUGUAAGUGCAAAAGACGAUGCUAAACCUGCAAAUGCGCCAUCAGGAUCAAGAAGAAAUGCUAGGAAGAAUGAAAGCACUUCAUUAUUGAGUGUGGAUUUCGGAAAAACUGAAAGUUUUGGAAAGACUACUCGGUCACGGGCUAAGUUAAGGGAGAAUACUUCUUCUAUAACUGCAGAUAAAGCUGAAACCGUCGAGGUUCAGGAUGAAUAUGAAAAGGUUCUCCAGACUGAAGAAAUUUUGAAGGGUGCAGGUAGAAAUGCUUUGGGAAGAAAGUCUUUUGUGCCUCGAAAGCGGUUGGUGGUAGAAAUCCUAUCUGAAGAAGGUGUUGAAUCAGUGAAGGGUGGCAGGCGAUCAAGAAGAAAUACUAGCAAGAAGGAAGGUACUUCAUUAACGAGUGGGUGUUUUUGUAAAACUGAAAUUGUUGGUUGGACUUCUCGGUCACGCUCUAAGUUGGAGGAGAAUACAUCAUCUGUGACUGCAAACAAAGCUGAAACCAUCGAGAUUCAGGAUGAAAGUCAAAAGGUUCUUCAUCUUGAAGAACCGUUGAAGGAUUUCGGUAGAUAUGCUUUGAGACGUAAAUCUAUUGUGCCUCAGAAGGGAGUCGCAGUAGAAACCGUGUCCAAAAAAGAUCUUGAAUCUGCAAAGGAUGCCAGGCGAUCAAAAAGAAACAUGGCAAAGGCUACAGAUUCCAAACCUAUUGUGCAAGUCGUUACUAGGAGGAGGACAAGGUUUGGAGCUCAGGCUACGGUUGAAAGUGCAGACGAAAUUACCGAGGUUAACAAAGAGCAUAACAAGGCUGUUCAGCUUGAGGAAUUUUUGAACGCUCAAGAUAGAAAUGCUUCAAGACAGAAGUCUUUUACAGCUCAAAAGGGCCAGGUUGAAAGUGAAGGACCAGAUGCGAAAAUUGAAACCAUAAAACAAUCUAGGAAUGCAGAUUUGAAGUUUGCUAACAAGGUUGAAGCUUCUGGACAAUUUAGCAGUGAGAUUGAAAAGGCUCCGAUAUCGAUUGGCCAUGUGAGGGGGUCCAGAAGCAACACUGUUGUAUUAAGCCCUGCUUUUGCCACUGGUGAACUAGGAAUUGGUGAAGCUGUUGGUAUGGUUGGGUGUCUGAAACGAAAGCGUGGCCCAACACUGGAGACAGAUUCUUCUACAGUGGGUGAAUGUUUGGCUGGUAAACCUUCAAGAGAAUUGGCACAGCACGCCUCUAGAGGUAACUUGGUUGGAUCUACCGUCCCUGGAAAAAUUGUUGAAAAGAAGCAACAUGGCAUAUCUGCAGUUCCAGUUAUGGUAGAGGAAGCUCUAUUUACUGAAGAAACACAAAUUGAGGACACUGGAUUGACCAUGCCAGAAGCUACAGGGGACAAACCUAAUUUCAGUUUGAGCUGCUCCAAGGAAGUCUUUGAAACUUCUGACAAGAAGGGAUCUGAGAGUAAAACAAGUGAAAUGAGAACCAAUUUCUCAGAAGUCGCUGCUGGAUGCUCUAACAUUCAGGAAGGUGUAGACACUAAAACAAAUUUGCAGGAAACUCCGUCUCCAACAUCAACAUCAGUGAUGUUAUGUUUUGCAAACCAAGAAAUACCAGAGAAUGCAAGUCAGCCCAUAGUCCUUAAUGAGGAGGCUAAUACUGUCGCAGGUGACAUGGAGAAACUUGCUGUAGAUGCUAUCAUUGAGGUUGCUGUGGAUGAUCCGUCUAGCAGAUCUAAGGAAGAAGGUGGUGCAGAUUUGGGUAAUGAUAAUUUAGAUGAACACGGACAAACAGAACUUCAGACUAAUGCUUCUGAUACGUUUCCCCUAGCUAAUCGUUUCUCAUUUGCAAAGCAAUCAGAUUUUUCAGGGUUGGAGAAUGGACUUGAAAGGAAAGAACUGAGAGAAGACGUACACUUAGAAAGUGGUGAUGUCAAUGAUUGUUCAACUGAACUUGUGGACAGAACAUCUGCUGUGGAGGGUGGUUUCUGUGAUCUAGAAAAUACUGGACAGAAAAUUAGAACAAAUAAAAAUGAGCAUGAAGAGGCAUCUUGUGAUGAUAGACCAUCACCAGCUGCUGGUGAAAAGAUGGUUAGUUUUAUCACUGAAAUAAACCUACAGGAGGAUGGUGAUGUCCUCCUUAUCCAAGCUGCCGAGGAGAACCAAAAUUUCAUUUCAGAGGAAAACUCUAGCAAUGUUUUGCUGGUCUCUAGAAGAACAUGCACACAUGAACUUCUACAUGGAGAAGGAACCUGUCUGAGUGCCCCAGAAAAGGGCACCGACGAAGGUGAAAAUGGUUCUGUGACCCUUGUUCCUUUACAAUUCACUGGUAUUGGCAAGCAAAGAUUGUCCUUUUAUGCAGGUGAUUCCUCCGAGGACAGGAAAAUGCAGCAUCAUGAUGAGAAAUCAACAGAAAAGAUUAAUUCAAGUUGUACGGAUGAAAAGCACGUUCUGGAGGAAAACGAAGCUGCUGCAGAUGCUUUGCCACAAUCUUCGUUGCAAGAAAAAAAGGAGGUUACUUUUGCAAUGAAAACUGAUAUUUGCGCUGUCGAGACAACAGGAGAAAGUGAAGUUACUACUCACAGUGACAGUGGUAAAGCAUCAACUGGAGUGAAUAGUUCACCAAUUCUUUUUGAGAAGCUUGGUGGUUAUAAUGAGAUGAAUGCAAUGAGAAACUGCAGCAUUGAUGCUUCCAUUGAUGUCCCUGUUAGCAAGUCCCAUGAAGCUGUUAUGGUCAUGGAGAGCGGCCGAAACAUGGAUGGGGAGUCAGAUGCUGAACAAAGUGAAUUUAAGGAAGAAAAAUCAGGAUGCGCUGUAGAAACUGUACAUGGUGACGACAAUGUUUGCCAGAAGGUGUCUGCAGAGGCAAAUGCUUCCAGUUUAACUUGGUUAAUUUCCAAAGAAAUGGAAGGUUUUGAAGGGAAAACAUUUGAUAUGAUGAUGGGCCGUCAUAGUGACUUCCUUAUAUCAAGCAAAGAGUUGGCCAGUGGUAAAAAUACGGCUAGAUACCAGUGUGAUCAGGUUGUCAGGAAGGAAUCUGUAACAGGUGCUCUCUUGUUUGAGCUUUGUGACCACAGCAUCAGUGAUGAGGUGGCUGGCAAAGCUGAUGCAACUUUGACUCCAACCAUUUAUAAAGAACUCGAAAGUUUUGGGGGAAAGAAAGUUGGAUCACGGGGAAACACUUCUAAGAGCAUAGAAGGAAUUAAUAUGUGGACAGACCAACAGAUCAUAUCUAUAGGCAGCGAUUCCAACGCUGGCACUUUUACACAAGGUAUGAAUGAUGGCUUUGAUGAAGAAAAAACUGCAGAAGUGAGCGAUGGUGAUCUUUAUGAUCAUAUCAGUAAAUAUGGUGAAGCAGCUGACAAAGAAUCACUGAUUAUGACAACCGAAAAAUUGGACAUGUCGGACACACAAAAUGAAGGAACUGCACAACGAAAUUGUCCCGUGGGGCUUGGUAACCUAUUUUCAGAUUAUGGUGGUGAGUUUUUGAAAAUUAAUGAUGCUGGCCGCAAUGCUUCCCCUGACAUUGCUUCUGCAGAUUGUGAGGGUAUUGAUGAAACAUCAAAUGGAUUUAUGGGCUCUGAGCUUGAACUUGGAGUCAAGGCUGGUAAAUUUGACGAUCUCAAAGAGGUGAAUGCUUUAGAGCUAGAAAGAAGUGCUUCCGUUUCUUUAGAAAACCGUAUCUCUAUGGAUGUCAUAGCUGCAUUUAACGUUGAAAAGAUGGAGGAUGAUUCGAAGUUGUACCAGAGCAACAUUGAUGAUGAGAACGAAUGCAGCAUUGUUUCUCUUCCACAGGUUACCCCGAAGGGCAUUGCAGAGCACUCAGUUGAGGAGGGACUUCUUCAUGCGAGUAAAGAUGAUUGUAGUGCUGCAUUAAAUGAUGCCAGCAAGAACAUUAAAGCAGAUAGAGCUGGGUCAGUGGCCGUAAUUGGAAAGAUUUGUUUUGAGAAAACUGAAGGCUGCACCAAGUGGACUGAAAGAACACCGAUUUCUCCACAGAUACCUAUAAGUAGCGGGAAAAAGGCUCAGCAAUCUUCAUUAGAACAAAAAUUAUUUGCUGAGUCUUCUGGAAUAUGCGGAAUGGGUUCAAGUACUGAUGCUGUUUCAGAGCUGAAUGUUUUAUUAUCUCAUGUUGCAGGAGAAAAAUAUAAAUCUCAUCCAGGUAGCAAGUCAAUCGGCAAUGAGGCAGGACUAAAGGUUAUGGCUUCUAACGACAGAGAACAAGUACCCCUAGAGCUUCUCACUGGAUCUGAUGCAUCUGCCUUGUUCACCAACUGGGAAGUGAAUUUGAUCCAAGGGAGUGGAGAAGAAGAUCUAGUUGAAGAAUCUGAUGGCGAAGCCUCGAAGGACAAUUUGAUAAGCAACGAUUCUGAGCAUACUGCAUGGAUGAACAAAAAUGUUGAAGAAGUCUUGUUCACCAACCGGGAAGUGAAUUUAAUCCUAGGGAAUGGAGAACAAGAUCAAGUUGAAAAAUCUGGAGUAGCCUCGGAAGACAAUUUGAUAAGCAAUGAUCCUUUAGAUGAGCAUGUAGCAAAGACAAGCAUAAGCAACGAAACUUUAGAUGAUGCUCCUCUUGACUUAAAAGUAGACAAUAUCUAUUAUUCUGACAUCCAAGAUACUUGUGAAAUAGGAUCGGGUGCAAUAGACAAAGUUAGCUCAGGAGCCGCUGCAAAGAUGGACAUGCUAGAGGAAGUGGUUAUUGGAGGGAUUCCACAAACAGUUAUUCCAACUGAGGCAUCACAGGAAAUGGCAGAAAUUCCGCUACAAGAAAGAUUUUUAAGCUGCAGCAAAUCGGAAGAAAGCCUGUCUCCAGAUACCCCUUGUCGCUUACCUGAAAUCACCUCAGGUGCUUCUGUGGUACAGCGAAAUGGUCCAGAGUCUUAUAAAGGUGAAUUUGUACCACAAUUAUACUGUAAGGAUAUGAGAAGUCACGGAGGAGAAGAAACAACUUGCGAUUACAGAGGGAGCAUUCCCACAGAGCAGGGUGAAUUCCAUCAAGGGGACUUCAAAGUUUUAAUAGCACAAAAGGUCGGGGCUGAGGAAGUUAGAGAAGCUUUAGCCACAGAUAAUACCAACCUAGAAUCUAAUCCCAGUGAUCCUCAGGAAGUUGCUAUAGAGCAAGCUAAUGAGCACCCAGACGCAUUAAAUGAAUCACUUCUCAUGGUUGGCCUUGAUUAUCCGACUCAAAAUCAGCAGUCAUGUGGGUGUUCUCUCCGAGGAGAUUGUAAACACGCAUUAAAAGAGAGAGAGAGCCACUCCAUUGAGACCGAGGCAACAAAUUGCUUGCAUCAGCUUGAUGUAGGUGUUUUCUCCGAGGAGAUUGUAGACUUUGGAAAUGGCUUUGUUACUUCUCCAUUCAAACGUCAGCGAGAUGUCGAUUCUUCCGCUGGUACUUCAGUCAGUGCAUUUCAGCAUCGUAUAACAGAAAAUGAUGCCUGGGUGUUGAAUUUAUUUUUUGAAGAGAACGAACAGGAUGAGAAUCAAACGUCAGUUGCACGGUUCUUGCACACCAAUUUGAGAAACGAGGGUGCUGGGAAGGUGUAUGAAAAUAUAGCUGUUACUGAGCAAGCCGCUAUUCAAGUUGAUGAAGAGCAACAUGGUGAACUAUGGCAAGUAAUGGAUGAGCAAAUUGAAGAGGAAAAACACACAUACUUUUCUGUUUCAGAUGAGCCCAGCUUUGAAGAUGUCGAAGGUUCAAAGAAGAAAGAUUGUGCUCUUCUCGAGAUUGAUAGCAUUCAAGAACGCAUUAACUGUGAGAAUCAUCAGAAUAAAUCUGUGAAUACUGAGCAUUCUUACGAUUCCAAAGAAAAGGAAAUCUUGAUAGAUGUUAAUGAGGUAAAUGGUUAUCAUGAUGAUGUUUCAUCGGAGCAAAUGGGGGAACGCAAUUCCAGCUACUUAAAACAAUAUAAUAAUGAAAGCCUCAGUGUUGAAGAUAUCGGAGUAAUAGAGAACUUAAGUGUGAAUGUUUCAUCCAAACCAAAUAUAUCCACAUUGGAUCAAUCCACUGAAAUUAUCAAUUCAACUAGCAGUCAAGACAUUGCUGUCAGGAAUGAUCAAACGCAUCAACUGAAGUUGCCUUCAUCUCAAAAAGGGGUUUCAUGUGACAAAGAGGAAGAAACCCAUAGUUCGGACGCUAAACAGUUGACUACGUCAUUGGUUCGAAGGGAGGCCAGGAAAACUGGUUUUGUUCAAGCAACUCCUCAGAAGAUGGUCACUUACACCGGCAUGAAAGAAAACCUGGCAAGUAUCAAGAUGGAGAAACGGGGUAACAUGACAGCUCCGAACCCAUUAUCAAAGAGGCGGGCUCUGGGGAAUCUCAGGAACAAUUAGAUUUAAAAUGGGCCCUUCUGGUUUUCGGUUGGUGGUUUUAGGUUUUCGCGUUUAGAUAUGAGCAUAUCUCAUGCAUCUUUUACUGGCAUAUGAAUACUAUAUGUUUUGGUUGUUCAGCAGAAUUUAGAUUUGUUUGUGUAAUCUUAUGCUUGAACGCCCCCGAUUUCUUGAGCAACGAAAUACUUGCUUAUAUUUGUAUAUUCACUGUACCAUAACGCUAUAUUGUUUCAUCAUAUUAUUGCACGACUGGCUGAUGAAGUUGAUGUAGAA